AUGGGGCAGGGGAGUAGUGCGAGAGAGCGGCAGCAACCUCAUCCUGGGGGUGGUGAACUGUUGCUGGGAGAGACAACAAUGUCCUGGGCGAUGAAUUCCACAAUGAACUGCAGCUAUACAAGUAUCAGUUCGACUUCAGAGAUUAUUUACAUAAGCCUCCUUUUGGUUUUUGGCAUCCUACUGAAUGCUGUCGCCCUGUGGGUCUUCUGCUACAAAAUGAGACAUUGGACAGAAACAGGCGUCUACAUGGCCAACUUGGCCAUGGCUGAUCUCUCUCUUCUGUUUGCAUUGCCUUUUGUGAUCUGGACUCUGAAAAUGCCAGAUUCUCAAGAAGGCCUUCUCUGCAAGAUCCCUCAGAGCAUUUAUCUCAUCAACAAACAUAUGAGCAUUUACAUCGUCACCCUGAUCGCCCUUGAUCGCUACAUUUCAGUCAAAUACCCGCUGCAAUCAAGGAUUCUCAGAUCUCCCAAGAAAGCAGCUUUGGCCUGUGCACUUCUCUGGAUCUUUGUUAUCAGUCUUGUGUCUAUUCUGUUCACCGUACCGUUCCAAGAGGGAGGAUUUUGUUUUGGAUCCAGCACGGUUAGAAACUCAAUCACCUUAUUUUCUCUGCUUGGAUUUUUCAUUCCACUAGUCAUUCUGACCUUCUGCUCAAGCCAAGUCAUUAUAAGCCUAGUCAAGAAAACGAAGACAGAUCCCUAUGAAGAACAGUUGAUCAAGAAAGCAGUCUACAUGGUUUCAGCAAAUCUGAUUGUCUUUGUAAUCUGCUUUUUACCUCUGCAUGUUGCAUUGUUGAUUAGAUAUGUGAUUGAACUAACAAGUUGCUCUGCCCUGGAGAGAAUGCAAAUGUUUAUCAAGGUAUCCUCACGUUUAGCCAAUGCCAACUGCUGUUUGGAUGCUAUUUGCUACUACUUUGUGGCCAAGGAAUUUCAGCAAGCUUCUGAUUUAUCCAUGCUCACAAUUGCAAAGUCCAAAUCAAACAGAAGUCAAAACUCCCAAGGUGAAACAUUAUCUUAA